AUGCAGCCUUCGUCCCCUCGAGACGCGCCUGCUGCUGCUCCUGCUGCUGCUGCUGCCGCUGCUGCUUCAUCCGCUCCUGCUUCAGGAGCUGUGCCAAAUGGAACGAACACUGUGCCUGCUGCUGCUGCAGCAUUAGCAGCAACAGCAGUAGCUGCUGCAGCAGCAGCAACAGUAGACUGCGACAGCAACAUCGAUCAGCAGACUCGGAGUGAAGGGGCCCCCAUCACGACCCUCGUACCUGUCUCAGAAGCUGCAGCAGCAGCAGCAACAGCAACAGCAGCAGCAACAACAACAGCAUCAGAAGCAACAGCGGCAGCAGCAAGAGCGGCCGCUUCUGGUGCUGGAGGCUCCAGGGUAAAUGUCCGCUUUCCUUCAUCGCCAACAACAGCAGCGAACGAUGCAGCAGCAGCAGCAACAGCAGCGGCAGCAGCACCAGCUGCUGCUGCUGCUGAUGCCCCAGAAACCGAAGCGGCUGCUGCCGCACUGAGCCGCCAGCCUACUGGCGGCGUCGGGCCCAGCAGCGGCAGCAGCAACAGGAGCAGCAGCAGCAGCAGCUGCUGCUGCUGCAGCAGCAGCUGCUGCUGCAGCAGCUGCAGCAGCAGCAAUGCGCAAAACGGACCUAGCCAGCAGCAGCAGCAACAACAGCAGCAGAAGCAGAAGCCGCAGCAGCAAGAGCUGCGUAGCGCUUCAGCUUCUACUGGAUAUGGACGGCUGCGUUGCUUUGUUGCUGCUGCUCCGCCUGGUGCGGCUGCUGCUGCUGCUGCUGCGGGGUCUUCCCCUGCUGCUGCUGUUGCAGCAGCAGCAGCAAAAGGGUUCCGGUGGCGGGGGGUGCGGCUGCUGCCGGGGGGACAGGCGGCAGCGCAGCAGACAGACGACGCCAGCAGCAACAGCAGCAGCAGCAGCAGCAGGAAGCGGAACACAAAGAAGGGGGUUUUGAUGCGUGCUUGCGCUGCUGCUGUUUGGGCCGAGCUGCCCCCCAUUCACCUGCCACAGCAGCAGCAGCAGCUGCUGCAGCAGGAACAGCAGCAGCAGCGAACGCAAGUAUUGUGCUGUCUCGGCCGAGAUUCCUUGCAGCUGUUUGUGUUUCGCGGUGUCUGUACACCUGAUGCUCCUCUUCUGCCCUGGCGAGCACUACAGCUGAAGCACAGCAACGACGACUCAUGCAGCAGCAGCAGCAGCAACAACAACAACAGCAGCAGCAACAACAGCAGCAGCAACGACAGCAGCAGCAACAGCAACAGCAGCAGUAGAUACUGGCAAGGGACAGCUUUUGUAGAGGCAUCGGAUGCUCAAGGGGACAGUUUGCUGCUGCUUGAGUGGGAAUUAGAUAAGCAGCACUCUGGCAGCAGCAGCGGCAGCAGCAGCAGCAGCUGCUGCUGCAACUGCAUCUUGUUGUAUUCUCUUUCACUGUGCGCCCUCAAGGCCCUUGCGGAUCCAUCUGCAUCUCCACUGCAGCAGCAGCAGCAGCGGGAGGCGACGCGAAAAACGGCAGCACACUCAAGCAGCAGCAGCAGCAGCAGCAGCAGCAGCAACAGCGACCGUUGGAGGCUUCUUGUGAGCGGGCGGAGCGAUUUGCUGCUGCUGCUGAAUGAUGCCGUUUGUAUCCGCCUUCAGCUCGGUGCUGCUGGUGUCUCUCUCAUGCGUCGCUUCAUGCUGCAGCUGCCUGUCUCCUUGCCUCAGCCGAGCAACAGCAACAGCAGCAGCAGGAGCAGCAGCGCCAGCAAGAGAAAACAGCUGCCGCUUCAGCGCUUCGUUGAUGUGUGCUGCUGCUGCUCUUACCUCUACGCAAUAACAGCACCGCCGCUGCAGCAGAUUCUCAUUUGGGGUGUAUCCGCAGGUGUGGCUGUGCAUGCACUGGAGCUGCCCCUCUACGAUCCCCCGCAGCAGCAGCAGCAACAGCAGCAGCAGCAGCAGUGCAGCAGCAAAGAAAGCCUGGCUGACAGUCGAUGCCAAAGCAGCAACGACUGCGACAGCAGCAGCAACAGCAGCAGCAGCUGCUACAGCAGCUGCAGGUGCGCAGCUGCAGCAAGAGCUCGGGCUAGAGAGCUGCCUGUGCUGCUGCUGUCUGUGCGGCAGCAGCAGCAGCAAGCUGGGGCGACGCAGCAGAAAACAGCUUCCAGCAGCAGCACUUUAGGGAGAGACAAAGAGCAGCAGAAGGCCUGCCGCUAA